UGUGACACUGCUCUCUGGCCGGCGGAUAGACAGAUAGAUGGGUGGGUUCCCUAAAUGGAAAGUAUGAGUCCCACCCACACCACUUAAAUACAGUCAAUACUGCGACUGGUCGAAGGAAUAAGUCACGGCGUCUGAGAGAAGAGAGAAAGCAGCCUGAACCAUGAGCUACCCUGGAUACCCCCCUCAGGCAGGCGGAUACCCUCCACAGCCUGGUGCUUACCCUCCACAACCUGGUGCUUACCCACCUCAGCCUGGAGCUUACCCUCCCCAGGCUGGAGGCUACCCUCCACAACCUGGUGGCUUUCCCCCACAGACUGGUGGCUUUCCACCACAGGCUGGUGGCUUUCCUCCACAGGCAGGAGGCUAUCCACCACAGGCAGGAGGCUAUCCACAGGCACCACCAGCAGGCAGCUGGGGAGGUGGCCCUACUGGUGGAUAUCCCUCCAUUGGUCUCGACAGCAUGUCUAACCCUGGAUACAACGCCGGCAUGGCCAGUCAGACCUCUGCAGGCAUGGGGGGUUUUACUCCAAACCCAUCCAUGUACGCCCAAGCUCCUGGGGGAUACCCGUCUCCCCCUCAGCCUAGCGGGUAUGGUGCCCCCUUCCCUAACCAACAGUCAUAUGGCCUGUACCCACAGCCAGGAGGGACCAUGCCCCAAAACCAAGGCCCAGGGAUGGGAUACCCUGGUCAGCCUGGCCAGCCAAUGCCUGGAUACCCCCGUGCACCAUCACCCAACCCACCCAUGGCUGGUUAUGGAGGAGCACCAGCACACAACCCAGCCAUGGCUGGUUAUGGAGGAGCACCAGCACCCAACCCAGCCAUGGCUGGUUAUGGAGGAGCACCAGCACCGAUGCCAGGGUACCCAAAGGUCCCUUCACCAAAUCCAUCCUACGGUGGAGGAGCCAUGCCAGUAGCUCCACCUGUCAAUAGAGGAUUCAGGGGAACAAUCAGGGACUUUCCUGGAGCUGACCCACUCAAAGAUGUGGAGGUCCUGAGGAAGGCCAUGAAGGGCUUUGGAACUGAUGAGCAAGCCAUCAUCGACUUACUGGGGAGUCGGUCCAACAAGCAGCGCGUGCCUUUGCUCAGAGCUUACAAAACGUCCUAUGGGAAGGAUCUGAUUAAGGACCUGCAUUCAGAACUGUCUGGAGACUUUAGGAAACUGGUCAUGGCCACUUUGAAGACCCCAGCUGAGUUUGAUGCCUCUGAGCUCCACAGUGCCAUAAAGGGAGCCGGAACUGAUGAAGCCUGCCUGAUAGAGAUCCUGUCUUCCCGCUCCAAUGCUGAAAUCAAGGAGAUAAACCGUAUUUACAAACAAGAAAACAAAAAGUCACUGGAGGAUGCCAUCAGUGGGGAUACCUCAGGCCACUUCCGCAGGCUCCUGAUCUCCCUCGCCCAGGGCAGUCGUGACGAGAGACAAACCGUUGACAUCUCUCUGGCUAAACAAGAUGCUCAGGCCCUGUAUGCUGCUGGAGAAAACAAGCUAGGGACAGAUGAGUCCAAGUUCAAUGCUAUUUUGUGUGCCAGGAGCAAACCUCAUCUCAGAGCAGUGUUUCUUGAGUACCAGCAGAUGUGUGGCAGAGAUAUUGAGAAGAGCAUCAGCAGGGAGAUGUCCGGAGACCUGGAGAGUGGCAUGCUGGCAGUGGUGAAGUGUAUUAAGAACACACCUGCCUACUUUGCUGAGAGGCUUUACAAAUCCAUGAAGGGAGCUGGGACCAAAGACAAAACCCUGAUCCGGAUCAUGGUCUCCCGCUCUGAGGUUGACAUGCUGGAUAUCCGCCAAGAGUAUGUCAAAAACUACGGCAAAUCGCUGUACACACACAUUUCUGGAGACACAUCAGGAGACUAUAAGAAGCUCCUACUGAAGUUCUGUGGGGGCAGCGACUGAAAAGGAAACAGUGACCAGCCACCUUAUAGAAAUAUUUUCUACGAAUAUGUUUUCUGCCUUUACCUAUAUGCACUAUAUAUAAACUGCAAACCUGCAUGCCAUGCCAGUGCUCACAAUGCAAUGUUUACCUAUUUUUAAAAGCAUCAAUAUUGCUACGCAUUGUUCCUUUUCUGUAUAUUAUAUGCACAAAAGGUUUUAGAUUUUUUUCACUUGGGCUUUCUUUGCUGGAUAUUAAGGUUGAAUAUACAUGGUCAUACAAUCGAUUUGCAAGAGAUUACAUUUGAAGUUUAAGAGCUAUAUAUAUUUUUAAGAUAUUUUAUUUCAAUUGUGCCAAUAUGAUCAGCUAUCUAAUGAUAUCUGGCAUGUUUAUCAGUAAAUUUCCUAAUGUUCAGCCAUGCUGAAUUAAGUAUCAGACAUAGAAUACGUAGCAGCUAAAUACCAAAGUUGUGUGUUAUUUUUUUGCAAUUGUAUAAUCUCUUCUAUAUUUUGUCUUCGUGUAACUACUUUUUCAUUAUAGUUAUGCUGUAUCUGCAGUAGAUGCUUUAAUUUGUAUAUCGUAUAUGUCGUACAAACGUUUGGCUGCUGUCUAAAACAUAUCGACAUAAGCAUAAAACAUAGAAUGCAAUCAUUUGAUAACAAACUUUGAUUUCCGACAACAGUUUUCUGAAGUGUUCCUGAGCCUGUGUCGUGAUAUUUUUUAUACAAUCCUGUUUAUCACUAAGGGGUAAACCUCGCUCCGUCCUUGCUUUCUGAACGCCUGAGCCCCUUUAAACUGGAUGCCCCUUUCGUACCAUCGUGAUUGUCAUGACUAUGCUCAAAAAACAUCUGUUCGGAACAUUCCACAACUUUCCCAGUUGUUUGUUGGUCCUGUCCCAACUCUUUAGAAAUGUGUUGCUGACGUCAAAUUCAGAAUAAGCAGAAAAAAUCAAUAAAGUUGAUGAGGUCAAACAUUA